GCGGAUGAGUGUAUGUGUGCGUUGCGUGCGCGCGAGUUGGCGAAACCCCGUUGACGCCGGGGGCUUGGAAGCGCGGACCGGGUAAGGCUCGUGUCAGCCCUAACAGUCGUUGAUCGCACCAGGCCCUAAUCCGACGCUCAUCCGGGUCUGGUUCUGGAGCAUCUAGCUUUUCCAACUAGCGAAAACUUGAGGAUCCUCGAUUACAUAUGAGAAACCUCUAACCCAACUCGAUUCUCGCCGUCCAUAUAUCCUCCCCUCGCCCGCCUUUGUCUUAGUCUGCAUCCCCGAUCCUACGCCAUCCAUGGCCACAGGCCGACGACGCUCCACCUUCUCGAUCAUCGUUAGCAGGUAAUUUGGGUCAGUUCGCGGCUGACGAGUUCUCCAUUGAUGCCGGCAUCGCCUCCGCAAGGAAUAUCCAUUCAUGACUCGGCAAAACGACCAAGACGAACCUGAACCCCCAACCGCCCCGGGCGCCGACCCGAAAGUCGUCCAACAAGACGACACCCGUUCUAUACCAGUCUCUCCCGCUGUCUCUACUCUUCCUCUCGCGCAGGAGGUGCGGCAAUCCCGCCAACCACCCGUCCAUGUCACUAAUAGUUCGGUGACCCCUGUCGUAGAAGGGUGCUCGAAGAUGCUGGAAUAUUAUGGUCUGACGCCUGCCGCCCCCCUUAAGCGGCAGACGUCAUCUACAGAGUCAGCGAUGCGGCCGAACGGGACGAAUACGAGGGCGAGUGUAAUUCCUACCAUCGUAUCCCAGUCUCACUACCUGACGUCUGCCCAAGGCAAGAGGUUGUCGGGUGACGAACCGGACGGCCGCCAGCUCGGCAGCCGCACGCUCAAGAAAGCCCGCACUCGGAUGACGCCGCCCCGUAAGAUCGAGAUUGGCCCCUACGGCCGACCCGCGCCUCCGAGGGGCGUCGAUGGCCUCACGUCGCCCUUAUUCUUCUCACAUAGGCAUCGGCCGCUCAUCGCCCGGCCCCUUAGCUUUACCAACUCUGAAGGGGCGACUAUGCUAAGGAGCGUACGGGAUGGUGCGGACGUGACGACACUGAAGCUUGCUCGGGGUACCCUGAGCUCCACGAGCCCAGUGAGGCUCGUCACAACGCCUGGCAGUUGGUCGUCGGUUGAAACGAGCGGGAGCGCGGCGCGAAGUCCCGAAGCGAUGAUCACCACCCCGGAGUUGCAGGCAGUGCAGGGCCUCGGAAUUUUUGAACUGCUAGAGCGUGACGACAGACCAACCUUCGUGAUCGACGGCUCGAACGCGGCCAACAACGAGCCGGGGCCCUUCGCUAUCAUCUACGCGAACCCGGCGCUGCACGUUUCCGAAUCUAUCCGCGCCUUGAUCUCCGGCGAGUCCCAGGAUGACGACAACGAAGCACGAGACGAUUUCGAUAGUUUCAAGGCGUGGGUGAAAGCUGGCGGCAACAAUCCGGAAGGCCUCGAUGUUUUCUUGCCUUCCUUUUGCUAUGGCGGAUUCUCUUGGACCUGCUCGACGGUAAGAGAUCGUUACCGGUUUGUGAGCGCGAACAUAAGCGCCGCCUCGAUCGGGCGGAGCUCUCUCGACCCUUUGUUAGAAAGAGAAGCCAGUGUCGAUUCGCGGGGCCGUGACGCGACGCCAAACCCUCAGCCUAGGACGCCGAGUGAUAUUGUCCUGCCCGAUCGGGAUUACUUUGGAGCGACCCCGUCUGCAGGGACCGAAUACCGUGCUGAAGGUAAUGUGUCGCCGCAUCGUGACGAUUUAACACCCGAGGUCGUCCUGCCGCUUGUGUCGCAACCCUCCUUCGACUGGACCCGGCUACCUCUUACACCCGACCUCCCAGAGCACAUUUAUUUUGCUCGUAGCAGAGACUGGGCAUCAACGCCGCUCGGACCGAUAGAAGACUGGCCACCGGAACUACGCGCUGCGGCGAACUUGGUCAUGGGCAGUCCUAAUCCCACAGCCAUGUAUUGGGGUGAGGAGCUCACCACUAUAUACAACGAGGCGUACGUCGCCUUGGCGGGUGCCAAGCACCCGAAACUUAUGGGCCAGAGUUACAAGGAAGCCUGGCUUGAAAUCUGGUCGGAGGUUGGGCCUAUACUGGAUAGCGCUUGGGAAUCCGGCCAGGCGACGAUGAAGAAUGACGACAAUCUAAUUUUACGACGCAACGGGUUUGACGAAGAGACGUUCUUCUCAUGGUCCAUCGUGCCGCUCAUCGGCAGCACCGGAUCCGUUGCGGGGUUAUUCAAUCCCGCCUUCGACAAUACCCGGCGAAAGGUCGCGGAGAGAAGGAUGCUGACGCUGCAUGAGGUGGGUGAGAAGACGGCCCUGGCCCGUGACGUCAAGAGCUUCUGGGUUCAGGUCAACCGGGGGUUGGAAUAUAACGAGCAAGAUGUCCCGUUCAAUCUAGUGUAUUCGGUUACCGAGGAUUCCGAGAGCGAUGUGUCGUCCAUGCAUUCGGGCAGUUGGGUUAACCCGCCUCUACUGAUGCUCGAGGCCUCUCUCGGCAUACCACAGGGCCACAAUCUACUAGUUGAGUCUUUAGACUUGAGGACGAGUAAUGACGGAUUUGCUCCGUACAUGCGGGAAUCCAUGUCCAACGCCGGAAAGCCGGUUGUCCUAUCCGCUGAAGACGGUACGCUCCCCGAGGGCCUCAUGGAUGGGUUGGCUUGGAGGGGCUCAGGUGAUCCCUGUAGAUCCAUCGUCAUAUUCCCGGUUCACCCGACCACCGGGAGCGAGAGCGUGGUCGGCUUCAUCGUGAUGGGCGUAAAUCCAAGACGCCCGUACGAUGACGAUUACCAACUGUUCAUCAGCCUGCUAUCCCGUCAACUCGCAACCUCGUUAGCAUCUGUUGUGUUAUUCGAGGAGGAGAUACGCCGUGGUCAGAAGGCGGCUCAGAUGGCUGCCGCGGAUCGCCAAGAGCUGACGAAGCAGCUGCACCAGAGGACGCAAGAGGUCCAAGAAAGCGAAUUGAAGUUCACGCGGAUGGCCGAGUUCGCCCCCGUAGGAAUGUUCAUCGCCAACCAUCUCGGCCUCAUCACGUAUUCCAACGACAUGUGGUGGGAUAUAUCAAGGCACAACAGGUCCCAGAGUGUAAAUACUUGGAUGGAAAGCGUCAAAGAGGAGGACAGGCCCGAUUUAGAAGCAGUGUGGCGUUGCCUGCUUACGGAUAAGGUUGCCAUCACCCAUGAAUUCAGGUUUAAAUGCUCCCGCCACGACGGAGAUAACGUUAUAGAUACGUGGGUGUUGAUGAGCGCGUAUCCGGAGAAGAAUGAGAACGGCAGCAUCAAAGGAAUCUUCGGGUGCGUUACCAACAUAUCGCAGCAGAAAUUGGCUGAGCAGAUCCAGAUGCAGCGGCGCGAAGAAGCCGUCGAACUCAAGCGGCAGCAAGAGAACUUCAUCGACAUCACGAGCCACGAAAUGCGCAACCCGCUGAGCGCGAUCCUUCAAUGUGCGGACGAAAUUGCCGGAAGCCUCGCCAAGUACAGGCCUUCCAUCGACGGCGUUGAACAGUUCGAGAACCUGAAGCUCGCGAUAGAGGGUUGCGUGGAGGCCGCCAACACCAUAACGCUAUGCGCGAGCCACCAGAAGCGGAUAGUCGACGACAUCCUCACCCUAUCCAAGUUGGAUUCCCAGCUACUACUCGUCACUCCUAUCGACGUGCAGCCGCUAGCGGUCGUGCAGCGCGUCUUGAAGAUAUUUGAAAGCGAAUUGAACACGAACAACAUCGAGAUGAAGUUCCAGGUCAAGGAUCGCUACCUCGACUUGGGCCUCGACUGGGUCAAGCUCGACCCUUCGCGGCUCCUCCAGGUUCUAAUCAACCUCAUGACCAACGCCAUCAAAUUCACGCAGUCGCGUGCCGAACGGACCAUCGUUGUUACUCUCGACGCCUCGAGAGACAUCUCGGAGAAGACCGAUAGCGGCAUCGAAUAUUUCCCGAGGGACCGCACAAGCAAGGACGACCUCACCGACAAUGCGGAUUGGGGCACCGGGGAGAAGGUCAACCUCCACUUCUCCGUCCAGGACACAGGCAGGGGUCUGGAUGAGCACGAGAAGAAGCUCCUGUUCCAGCGCUUCUCGCAGGCCACGCCCAGAACCCACGUCCAAUACGGCGGGUCGGGCCUGGGCUUGUUCAUAUCCAGGAUCCUCACCGAACUCCAGGGCGGGCAAAUCGGCGUCACCUCCCAGAAGGGUGUCGGCAGCACGUUCUCCUUCUACGUGCAGAGCAGGAAGACGGGUAUCCCUCCUUCAGAAAAACCCCCGCCGCCACCACCACCAACGGCGCCGGGAGGCUCGACGGCGACGGCAACAACGGAGACAUGCCAGCAACCGGAGGUGGUGGAUAGCGAGAUGGCCGGUUCGCCCGCGGGCAGGAGCGUGGUGGCGCCGCGGGCGCGGUUUUCGGAGGACGGCCGGCGGCUGUUCGAUGUGCUAAUAGUCGAGGACAACCUCGUGAACCAGCGGGUGUUACAACGGUCUCUGCGCAACGUGGGCAACAAUACCAAGGUGGCGAACCACGGCGGUGAGGCACUCGAGGUGCUACAGCAGUCACGCUUCUGGAGCGGCAACGAGAAGUUGGGCCACGACAUCUCCGUCAUUCUCAUGGACCUCGAGAUGCCCGUCAUGGACGGCAUGACGUGUGCUCGCCGCAUCCGCGAGCUCGAGCGCGAGGGCACCAUUGUCGGCCACAUCCCCAUCAUCGCUGUCACGGCAUACGCGCGGCCCGAGCAGAUCGAGAGCGCCAAAGCCGCCGGAGUUGACGACGUGAUCUCGAAGCCGUUCCGCAUGCCCGAGCUCAUCCCCCGGAUCGAGCAGCUCGUCGAGAUCCACACACCAUACGCCGAGACCACGACAGCGGCGUAAAGGGUCCCUCUCCUCGGCAUUUACUCACGUUCAAGCCCAGAUUCUAUAACUGCGCAGGACGCACACACCUUUUAACACGUCACCCUACUAAUACUAUACUACCAUAUCAUAUCCUAUCAUAUUAUACCCUAUCAUAUCAUAUCAUGCCAUACGUUGGCAUAUCGCCUCACCCUAUAGACUGGUUCGCAAGUUUAUUCCACAUCAUCGAUUCAGCAAGGCGUUUCCGGCCCCUGGUAUCUAGUAAGGGGGGGUUGCUUUUGAUUUCUCUUUGAA